AAUGCAUUCUCCAUGCUGGACCUUCCAGUGGAAAUUUUAUCCUAUAUGGCAAGACUGAAUUCCAAUUGCCAUAAAAACAAAAACAGUUCGCCCGUUACUUUGAUCAAAAGAUUUUUCUCCAAGUUUUUCGGAAGAAAAAACAAUUAAAUACGUGAAACAAGUUUAGCACAGUAUCUACGACAUAAAUUCUCGUAAGUCUGCUCAUUCUAAGUCAAAAAUCCAGAGCAUCGAGUGCUGAGAAAGUUCAUAUUCCAUCACGAUGGACUUCGAAAAAAUCCUUGAGAAGUACUUUGAUAGAAUGGAAAUGCUGAAAUUGCACUACAAAAUCUGCCUGAACAAAGAGAAUCACCAAGAAGACUGUAAGAAACUUGCCGCAGUUACUGCCGAAGUGAAAGAACUCCUAGUAAAGUGCAAAACAUUCGCUGAAGAUUUUCCAAAACUACGAGAUGAAUAUCUGAUUCUAUCAGACAAGACACAUCGUCAGAGGAUGCUGAUGCUAAGGCUAAUUGAAAUACUGAAAGAGUUUCCCAAGAAACCACAGCCACAAAUCAAUCAGAAGCCUCAGUAUCUCAACCCAUUUACUCCUCCAAAUCGCAUCCUGAAGGAGGUCAAUACGCCAGAAUCAUCGAGCUUCCGGCUUUAUCGACUACGUUCAAGCGGUAGGAAGACACCAUCUUCAGUCAUGAGAUCAGGCUCCCUCAACCACAAGUCUUUGGGCCAGCUACACUUCCCGGAAUUUGACUUUACCAUCACUCAGGGCAUUUUCGAGAGCGUUCCAAAGCACAUGUGUGGACGUAUCAAUAUCGAUGAUAUACAGAACUUCCUGGACACUGUCAUCAACAAGUGCUUCGUAUUCAAAUAUAGAGUCCUGUCCCGCGAGAGGAACUCUAUUCCACUCAAAGAUCGCCAUCUGUAUGAUUUGUUCCUGGAGCAAGAGAAGGAAUUCCCCAACAGGCUCUUCAUCACUCAAGGAGACAUCACGCGCUGCAUUGGCCAGAUGAUUGACAAACGUACCAACAGCCGCAUUCAGAUCCUAAGGCACAUUAAGGUGCUCCAAGAGGUCAGGAAGAAGACCACAAUCUACUACUUGUGGCUUCCUCUGAAUCCUCUUGACAAUUGAAUUCUGGAGAUUCAGAUUCCUCCAUUCCUUUUUUCCUCUUUCCCUUUUCAUUUUGUUAGCGAACUUUAAAAAAAAAAAACUGAACUGAAUUUAUCUGAAUAAAAAAAUGAAUUAAUUUUUUUCUCGAAGAAUUCUCAAUUAUU